ACUUCCUCAAACUUUACACCUUCGGGUUGAGAUACCGCAGGCGCGCGCGGUGGCGGGGCCGGUAGGGUAGUGUGUGCUCCAGCCCCGGGCUCUGCAGGACGGUAAAGCGGCGGGGCCGGUAGGGUAGUGUGUGCUCCAGCCCCGGGCUCUGCAGGACGGUAAAGCGGCGGGGCCGGUAGGGUAGUGUGCUCCAACCCCGGGCUCUGCAGGGCUGUAAAGCGGCGGGGCCGGUAGGGUAGUGUGCUCCAACCCCGGGCUCUGCAGGGCUGUAAAGCGGCGGGGCCGGUAGGGUAGUGUGCUCCAGCCCCGGGCUCUGCAGGGCUGUAAAGCGGCGGGGCCGGUAGGGUAGUGUGCUCCAGCCCCGGGCUCUGCAAGGCUGGAAAGCGGCGGGGCCGGUAGGGUAGUGUGCUCCAGCCCCGGGCUCUGCAGGGCUGGAAAGCGGCGGGGCCGGUAGGGUAGUGUGCUCCAGCCCCGGGCUCUGCAGGACUGGAAAGCGGCGGGGCCGGUAGGGUAGUGUGCUCCAGCCCCGGGCUCUGCAGGGCUGGAAAGCGGCGGGGCCGGUAGGGUAGUGUGUGCUCCAGCCCCGGGCUCUGCAGGCGGCGGGGCCGGUAGGGUAGUGUGUGCUCCAACCCCGGGCUCUGCAGGGCUGUAAAGCGGCGGGGCCGGUAGGGUAGUGUGUGCUCCAGCCCCGGGCUCUGCAGGACUGGAAAGCGGCGGGGCCGGUAGGGUAGUGUGCUCCAGCCCCGGGCUCUGCAGGGCUGUAAAGCGGCGGGAUGCUGCAGCGGAUUGCGGCUCUGCUGCUCGCGGUGAGCUGCGCGAGCGCUGCACGGUUUCCCCGUGGAGAGACGCUGAACGACCGGCCGGUGAUCGGUUUUACCAGUAAAUCUUGCUGCUGCGAUCUGGUAGAUCUGAUUGGGUUAGGCCGCUGCAACAUACCGUAUCAGAGAGAACCCUCGCCGCUGCAUUUGAAUCACCUGAAGUCGUUUGAUGGUCUUUUUUGGCAGGCCUGUGAAAAGGCCAUUGCAGUAAUCAACCCUACUAGAGAUGAAGGGAUUUUAACUCAGGAGGUUGAAAACCCGAAUCUACGACCUUUUGGCAGAACCUACAUUCCCUCGUCUUACGUGAAGUACAUCGAGUCAGGCGGAGCUCGAGUGAUUCCCAUUAGACUAAACCAGACCGGAGAAGAGCAUGAAAAAAUCUUCCGCUCAAUCAACGGCCUUAUUUUCAUUGGUGGUGCAGUGAAUCUGGAAACAUCUGACUUUGCCCACACUGCUGGAAUUUACUUCAGACUCGCUCUUAAGGCCAACAACGAGGGCGACUACUUCCCUAUCUGGGGAACGUGUCUGGGCUUCCAGCUCCUCACGGUACAGGUGGCUGGAGAGAACCUGCUGAGCAAAACCAUGGCAAACAACAUCUCCAUGCCCUUAAACCUCACCUCAGAGGCCUGGUCCAGCCGCAUGUUUGCGAGUUUUCCUCCAGAGCUGUUGAAGGCGCUAUCAGAGGAACCGCUCACAGGAAAUUUCCACAAUUACGGCGUGUUGGAGAAGGUAUUUGUAGGAAAUGAUAAGCUGAAUAGCUUCUUUACCAUACUGUCCACGAACAAGGCAGAGAACGGAGUUGUCUUCGUCUCGACCAUGGAAGGGAAGAAAUACCCGUUCUAUGGCGUUCAGUGGCAUCCAGAAGUGAACAGUUUCCAGUGGAAUCCUCGCUACAGUUUUCCUCAUUCCAAAAACGCUGUCCAUGUGUCCUCACUACUGGCCCAGUUUCUUGUGAAUGAAGGAAGAAGAAGCUCCCACCACUUCAGUCAGCUGGAGGAGGAGAGUCGAGCGCUCAUAUACAACUAUAAUCCCGUUUAUACGGCAAACUUUAGUGGAUAUGAGCAAGUCUACUUCUUCUAAAUGAAAAACUCCUUUCCAGUUUACAAUCAGUCCUCAUUCUCAUGUUUAUACGUGUAAUAAAACUCUUUUCUGGGUUUUAUUAAUCCUUUAGAAAUGUAAUGAUUUUAAUUUCCUUGUUAUUGUACCAUUCAUUGUAUUCAAAAAGCAGAAUGUUGUUGCCUUUACAUGAAGAUUUGAUAAAGUCGAAUUAACAUACAAA